GGAUGUUGAUGGAGCGUCACAACUCAGCAAUUCCAGGCCACCACAUAUGCCUAGCCUACCUUACCUUACCUCAUACGCCCGUAUUAGAAAGCAGCAAAAUUCAACGCCCCUUUCAUUUCGUUUCCACCCUCCCUCCUUCCUUCCAUACUAUUACUAGGGAGUAGUAGUUAGCACUGCAAGCUGCCCGGUUGCCAUCUUUCUACAUAAAGUCCUCCCACUUUUUUCUACCUAAUUGCCUCCUACCGUCUAAUUCUUCCACCAUUUAUUAGCAUCAGUUUAGUAGUAUACUGCUUGCUUGCUUGCCUGCCUACAUCCCUUCCCCACUCCCCGACUCUUCCGCUCCCGCACCCAACUCCCCAACCAUUUAUUGUCAUUUGGGCUGUGGAUUCUUGAUCAGAUCCACCCAUCGCCACUGAUCACUGACUCCUUCCUUCAUCAACCAUGGCUGAGAAGCACAUACAACGCGAGAUAUGCUUGCUUCUCUUUAUAUCAAGAUCUCUACCCACAUCUCCCAGCGUGACUACGAUGAGACUCAAGGUUGAUCUUCAAUGCCCCUGCUGCUACAAGAAGGUCAAGAAAAUCCUCUGCAAAUUUCCUCAAAUCAGAGACCAGAUAUAUGAUGAGAAGCAAAAUCUGGUGACCAUCACCGUCGUGUGCUGUAGCCCCGAGAAAAUCCGCGACAAAUUAUGUUGCAAGGGUGGCAAAGUCAUUAAGAGCAUUGAGAUCGUGGAGCCACCAAAGCCCAAGCCACCGCCGGAGAAGCCUAAAGAGCCCGAAAAGCCUAAGCCACCCCCAGAAAAGCCCAAAGAGCCGGAAAAGCCCAAGCCACCCCCAGAAAAGCCCAAAGAGCCGGAAAAGCCCAAGCCACCUCCAGAAAAGCCGAAGGAGCCCGAAAAGCCCAAGCCACCCCCGGAAAAGCCCAAAGAGCCGGAAAAGCCCAAGCCACCUCCAGAAAAGCCGAAGGAGCCCGAAAAGCCCAAGCCACCUCCAGAAAAGCCCAAACCACUACCACCACCACCUGAACCGUGCUCGCACCCACCAGUUCCAGUGGGCUUUUGUUGUGUCCCAUGUUCGGAAGGGUACGGCGGGGGACCAUGCUACUACGGGUACGGGUACGGGUACGGGCGGCCUGUGCCCCCGCCACCUUGUUAUGAUAGCUAUGCUUACGGGUACGGAUAUGGGAAGGGGUACCCGUACAGUCGCUGCGAUUAUUUCAGUGAGGAGAACAGUACGGGUUGCACGAUCAUGUGAGAGGAGCAGAGAAUUUGGUGGGUGACCUUAGUGUGUGUGUGAUUCUACAACUAUAUGGUACGGUAUGAUGUGAAAACCGAAGAGCGUCCAAAUUAAUUAAUGACUGCAUCGAAGCAAAAAUAAUACUAGUAUGUACUUAGGGCCUUAGGCCCCUUAUAAGACCUAUAAAAGGAAGAAGAAAAUAAUAAUGUGUAUAUGAUUCUGGAUUAUGGAGAAAGAGAGAGAGAGAGAUGUACAGGCUUAUUCAAGUUGCCUGUCCAUUAGAAUAAGCUUUUGUAUGUAUCCAAAUGGAACGUCGUUGCAUCAAAUUUUCUUUUCAUUGUUUAUAAUAAUAAUAUAAUAAAAGUCCUUUACAAUCAUCA